GCAGAAAAUAAAACAAUAACUAUCAUUCAGUCCCAUUUUCAAAGUUUAAUUCUUCAGGUUUAAUAUGAUGCAAUGUUUUUCAACAGAGAGGCAUUUACUGUACAGAGAACUGUCAACAGGUUUAUUUAGUGUCACAUAAACUGAAGGCAAUCGAUGGUAAAACUCGUGGAAAAGCGCUAAUAUAAAAACAGCUGCACCGCUCCUCGUGUGGAACCUUCGUUCUGAACUGUCGGUUUCCCAGGGACGACUGAGGGGAUAACACAACGUACAGCCUUGAAAACUGUGAUAACACUGUGAAACAACUAUGAAGUUAACGUUAUUGAAUUAAAGAAACGCGUUUUGAAGCGCGUAGACGUGGUGAAGUUUUAGCAUUAGCAUUAGCUAGCUAGCUAGCUAGCUGAGGGCACGGAGCCUGUGGGAAAAACUUCCCGGGAAACAUCAACGUUUUUUGGGGGUUUCAUCUUUGCUCCUCCUGCUCUUGAGUCCAGCAGAGGCUGCUAUCUGAAGCGGGUCGCCGAGAAACCAGAACACCAUCAAACUGGACUGAAAGUGUUUUCUUAGUUUAAAGCCCGACAGCCUCCGUGGCAGGAGAAGAUGAGCGGCCACAGACUGCUGCUCCCCGGGCUGAGGCUGUGGACUUCGGGGAGAGGUCGGUGGAUGAGUCGCCGUCACGACGGUGCAUGUUUUUCCUCCUGCAGUCCAAAGGUGUGUAUUGUUGGAAGUGGGCCAGCAGGUUUCUACACAGCACAGCAUCUGAUCAAGGCUCAGAAACACGUCCACGUGGACAUCUAUGAGCGGCUGCCCGUCCCUUUCGGUCUGGUCCGGUUUGGAGUGGCCCCUGAUCAUCCUGAAGUCAAGAACGUCAUCAACACAUUCACACAGACGGCCAAACACUCGCGCUGUUCCUUCUACGGCAACGUGAAUGUGGGGAAGGAUGUGAGUGUCCAAGAGCUGCAGCGAGCGUACCACGCAGUCGUACUGAGUUAUGGGGCUGAGGGGAACCGGACUAUGGGAGUCCCAGGAGAAGGUCUAGCUGGUGUGUAUUCGGCCAAAGACUUUGUGGGCUGGUACAACGGGCUGCCCAGCUGUAGACAGCUGAGUCCAGACCUGAGUUGUGAAACAGCUGUUAUUCUGGGACAAGGUAACGUGGCCCUGGACGUAGCCAGAGUCCUGCUGUCUCCCGUCGACAUGUUGAAGGAGACUGACAUCACCCAGCCUGCCCUGGAGGCCUUGGCCCACAGCCAGGUCCGCCGGGUGCUGAUUGUUGGCAGGAGAGGACCUGUACAGGUGGCUUGCACAAUCAAGGAGCUCAGAGAGAUGGUGAACCUGCCGGGGACCAGACCUGACAUGGUGGAGGCUGACUUUGAUGGAGUCACAGAAGCUCUGAAAGAUUUACCGAGGCCCAGGAAGCGUCUGACAGAGCUGAUGUUGAAGACGGCUCUGCAGACUCCAGGUGAGACGGAACAGGAGAGGAGGGACCAGGCUUCCCGGACGUGGGGCCUUAGAUUCUUCCGGAGCCCCGUCGAGGUCCUGGCCGACCCUGAACGCCACAGGACGGCUGGUAUCCGACUGGCGGUCACCAGGCUGGAGGGUUCAGGUGAGGCGGCCCGGGCGGUGCUCACUGGAGAAGUGGAGGACGUGACCUGCGGCCUCGUCAUCAGCAGCAUCGGCUACAAGAGCCUCCCCAUCGACCAAUCGGUGCCCUUCGACUCUCAGAGCGCCAUCGUCCCGAACACCUUGGGCCGUGUUAAACAAGCCCCAGGUCUGUACUGCAGUGGUUGGCUGAAGACUGGACCAACAGGUGUGAUCGCCACCACGAUGAACAACAGCUUUGACACGGCUCGGUCGUUACUGGACGACAUGGAGUCAGGAGUUCUGGAUCUAUCAGCUGCCAAGUCUGGAUCACAGGUCAUCAGUGCUCUGCUGGAACAGAGAGGAGUGAAACCGGUGAGUUUCUCAGACUGGGAGAAGAUCGACAGGGUGGAGAUGAGCAGAGGUGAAGCCUCAGGGAAACCCCGAGAGAAGCUGCUGACUGUGGAGGAGAUGCUCCACGUUGCUCGAACCUGAACCUGGUCUCAGGUGAACCAGACUCUGACAGACACACAGCUGCUGUUGUAAAUGGGGGACCACAGAGACCAGUGACUGACCAGUAACUGAGCACAGAUAAUAAAUGGGGUUACUAUUGAA